AUGGCGAAAUUCAGAGAACUUCCAGGGGAAUUGGUAGAGGAGAUACUCUGUCGUGUUCCAGCCAAAUCUCUGAAACGAUUAAGAUGUAGUUGCAAGCAAUGGAACCGUUUGGUCAAGGAUGCGGCGUUCGCAAGAAAACACUCUGAUAAAUCCGCAAAGCAGGUUACGUGUCUCAUGCUGAUGAAUCAUCUGAGGAUUAGUGAGAUGAGCAUGAAUCUGGAUGGAAAACCUCCAUCCGUAGAGGUUAAAGCUGAGCUUAGCCUGCUCGAUCCGCGUUCUAGUAAAUCAUCCCUUCAAGUUCAAUUCGAUGUAGCUGAAGUGCGUCACUGCGACGGCUUGUUGCUAUGCACCUCCCAAGAUUUUAAAAGAAUCGUGGUUUGGAACCCGUUUACUGGCUACACCAGGUGGAUCGAACCUGGGGGCGAGAGAGGCGGCGAGUUUUCUCUGGGAUACUAUCAAGACAAGAGAUCCAACACUAGGAGAUACAAGGUAUUGGAUAGUGAUAUUUAUGAUCUAUUAAAAUCAAAAAUAUACGAUUUUGACACUGGUUCAUGGAGGAUUGUUGACGGUGGUGAUAGCGUUACACGCCCGGCUUGUAGUUGUAAUGAACAGAUUGUGUCUUUCAAGGGAAACACUUACUGGUUCGCUUCAGAUGAAGAGAAACCGGAGCUUGGCGUAUCCUUGCUCAGGUUUGAUUUUGAAACUGAGAAGUUUGGAUACUUGCCUCUUCCCUAUCAGUCUCGUUACUUAACUGCGUGUUUCUCAGUUGUUGGAGAGGAGAAACUUUGUGUGUUAUUGCAACAAGAGAUUUGGUCAAAGACUGAGAUAUGGGUGACGGAUAAGAUUGGUGAGAGCAACAAAGGUGUGUCGUGGAGCAGGGUCUUAGCAUUUCAUUUGAGCCUUGAUCUUCACGUUUUGAGUUCUGCGAGUUUCUUGCUCGACGAGGAGAAGAAAGUUGUCGUGUGGUGUGACGGAUGUGUAGACGAGAAUGGCGACAGACACACCAAAGACAUGAUAUACAUUGUUGGGGAGGAUAAUAAUGUCACACAAGUGGAAUUUGGAGUGGAUGAGAUCAAUGGAUGCUGGCCAUCUAUUCUUACUUAUUUCCCAAGUUUGGCUCAAAUCGAGCCAGCUCGAGGCAAGAAAAGAAAAAGAUCCGAAAGCUAA